AUGCACUUCGAGGAAGAAAAAAACAAAAAUGAUAACCCAAUAACAGUUUAUAAUAAGGGUGAAAAAAGGAACAAAAAAAAACUGUCCUUUUUUAACGGUUUUGAUGAUUUUAAAAUUAAUUAUUCCUUUCGUAGAAAAAAUAACUGUUCUGACACAAUUAAAAAUUCUCUAGAAAGUGAUAAUGAUAGUGGUACUAGAGAUAAAGAAGAUGAUAUAAAAAAGUUAAUUAAAAUAAUAAAAAAUAGCAACAUUGACAGACAUUUUUAUUUUAAAAAAUUAAGUAAAAAUGAUUUGUAUAAAAUAUUUGUCUAUUCAAAUUUUUUAACAAAAUCAUUAAUUUUAUAUCCUCCUUUGAUUCAUCAUUUUGAAAAUAUUAUAGAGAAAAUUAAAAAAAUAAAAUAUGAAACAAAUUUUCCAAUAAUAGAUAAUCAAUUAAUAUUUCCCUCUUUAUCAAGUAUAACCAAAAAUGAAAAUCAUCAAAUUAAGCAAAAUUAUAAUGAUGAAAAAGAUAUAGUUGAUAACUAUUCUUUAACUAAAAAUGAAAAGAUGAGAGACCAUUCGGGUGAAAAGAAAUGUUUUUUAGAAAUGGAAAAAACAGUAUCCUUGUCUUCAUUAAAUAAAUGCUUGAACGAAGGGGAAGAUAAUUGUAAUAAUAAAAUUCUAUAUCUAAAAGAGCAACUGGAUAGUACUUUUAGUAAUAAUAUUGAACAAUCGAAGAACAAUGUGACGUUAAAUGCUAACAUUAGCCCAGACACUUCCCCUAACACUGAGAUUAACCCUAACAUUAACACCGAUUUCCACACAAACGCCAUGAACUAUACGAACAAUACGAGUGGCAAUAAUAAUGACAGUAACAAUAAAAGUAACAAAAUAAAGAAUGUGCUAUUUGAUGAACAUAACUACUCUGGUAAAAAUAUUAAUAGUUGCACUUUUGAUAAAGAAAUAAUGAUACAGGGGAAAUGCCAGAAUUUCUUAAAACAUAAUUUUCGUUCUAAUUGCGAAAAUAAAAAUGCAGAUAAACAAAAUGUUUUUCAACAUCCUGAUAUAAAUAUGAACAGUGCAUAUUCCAUCAAUAAUAUGCAUGUCAAAGACCCAAACCGUGAAUACAACUGUAACAGUUUAAAUCAUCCCUCAAAUAACGAUACAACUAAUACGUUAAAUGUAUCGUUAGAUAAAAAUGUCCGUGUUUAUAAAAACAUAAAUGAGUACGAUAUUAUAGAACUGAAAAUAAGUACCUCCUUCAACAAUAAAUACAUAUGCAGAUACAUAGGUAUUCAUAGCGGUAUGACAUUAUACAAUAUACACAGAUGCAUAUGUAUAUGUUUAGGCAUGAAAAAAGAGGAUACGGAUAAUUAUUUGCAUGUUUUUAUAUUAAAUAAUGGAAAUAUAUAUGGCAGCGGGAAAAAAUGCAGUGUUAGCAUUAUCAGAAAAAUUCAAAUAAAUACUGAUCGUCACAUUACUUUUAAGCAUAUAAUAAAAACUCCAUUAUAUCUUUAUAAAUCGAAAGAUGGAAAUAAUAAUACUUUUAGGAAUCAAUUUCCUACGAAUAAUACAAAUUCUUUCGAUGCUAAAACCUUCGGCAAUCAUGAGCAUCAUUAUAGUAACUUGAGCAGUGUAAACAGUAGUAACAUGGACCUGAAUAACGUAAACAGUAGUAACGCAUACGUCAGUAACGUAAAAAACAAUAACAUGGUUAACAUAAACAUGAGGGACAUAGGAAUGAAUGGCACAGCAUCAAAUGACAUAAAGGGUUACAACUUAGAAAUGGGUAACUUAAGCAUUCAUAAUAUACAUAUGAACAGUUCAAACGUGAAUAAUAUGCAUUUGAGUAAUGACACUCAUUUAAACAAUUUAGAAACUAUUAAACAUUCAAAUGAUGCACAAUGCUUUAACGAGUUAAAUGGUAUGGAUGAUAAUUAUGAUAUGGCAAAUAAAACUAGAAAUGUUGAUAAUUUGGAUAAUAUGGAUAAUUAUAAUAGUAUAAAAAAUCUAGGAUUCAUUAAAAACAUAAACAAAAUAUGUAACUUAAACGACUAUUCCAAUAACCUGAUCAAUAACAUAGAUAUAAAUAUGAGUAAUAACCAUACUAAUAUCUCGAAAAGUAACUGCAGUGAUGGUCUAAACAAUAUUACUUGUAAUAAUAAUUUUUUUAACAACAAUUACAUAAAUCAAGUAAAUAUGAAUGAAUAUUUUACCAAUAAUUCAUGUAUAAACAAUAGUAACAAUAUUAAUAUUUCUAGUUUUAAUUACAAAUGUGCAUACAACCUAAACGUAAAUAGAAUGAAUGUUGUUAAUAACAACUUUAAUCAGAAUGAACAUAUGAAUGAAAGUACCCCCAAUAACAAUUUUCGCAUGAAUGAAUUCAGCGAAUCAUAUUCAGAAUUAAAUAAUAAUAAAAGAAAAACAAAUUUUAAUUAUAAUAAUGUUUUAAAUGAUUACCAUGCUAAUAAUAAUCGCUCAGAUAAAGACCCACAAAUAUUAAAUGAUGUCACCAUAAUGAAAAACAUGAGUAAUAGCAUUAAAGACAGUGGGAAAAAAGAUUGUAUAAGUAUGAAGGAUAAAAAUGGCAGUAAUCAAGGAGAUAAUAGUAGUAGUAGCAGCACAGUUAAUGGCAAUAAUAACAAUGACGAACCAUCUUAUGAUUUCAAUCCUGUUUCUAGUGAGUAUUUCAUAAAAAAACAAAAUGAUGUAUCAUCUAAAAUGGCCGUAUUUGAUGGAAGUAGUGGCCCUUAUUUCAAUGGGGAAAAUAUGAACCAUAUGAUUAAUACUCCAUCAAAUGAUAAUAUCCCACACAAUAAUAUAGUUUCUGAUAAGGCUGACAUAACAAAUAGUACCAUUUAUAGUUCAAUUGAUAAUAGUAUGUAUAAUCUACAACCAAAUGAUGUAAAUAACCCCUCAAAUAACAUGAAAAUAAAUCAUCAAAAUCGAUUUAUAAAUUCUGAUAUUAAUUCUAAUUAUUGUUAUUUUAUAAAUCCAUCGACCACUUUUAACGAUCAUAUAAAUCAUGACACUUUUAAUGUAAAUAAUAUAAAUAAUAUAAAUAAUAAAAAUGAUUUUCUGAAUAAUAAAAAUAUGGAAAAUUCGAAUUAUUCAACAUUAAAUAAUAAUAACUAUUACACAAGUAAAAAUUCAUUAAAUAAUUCUAUUUAUGUAAAUAAUUCAAGACAUCCCAAUAAUAUACUUAACCUUUCAACGAAUAUGAAGCCUUUAAAUACUUCAUAUACAUCUUUCUAUAAUCAGAAGAAUCAUAUUAGUGCAUAUACCAAUCCCUUUAAACAAACUUACACGAAUAUAACGAAUAACGAAAAUAAUGAAGCUUAUGAUGAUACUAAUAAAAAUAUCAUGUAUGGAAGUUUAAUGAACAGUACUUUUAAUGAGCACGAUAUUAACCUUUCCAAUUGCUGCAAUUCUUGUGGAUUACUUGAUGAUACCUCCUCCAUAAACAACACUUCUUAUUUUAGUGAACAUAUGAAUAACGAGGUUGUGAGUGACCCAGUUGUAAGUAGCCCUACUAUGAGCAACUCUAUUAUGAGAAACGCUAAUAUGAAUAACCCUAUUAUGGAUAUCCCCAUAAUGAGCAACCCUAUUAUGAAUGGCAUAAAAGUAUUUAAUACCCAAGACAUAAACGACUAUUUUGGUAAGGUAAAAUAUGAAUCUUUUAGUCCAGAUAAAAAUAUGAAAUCUAAAGAAAAUAUAAGAAAUGUUCCGGAAAUAAAAAACAAGGAUGUUCCUAGUACUCGUAUGAGUACCUGUACUGUAAACUAUGAUGAUGUCACAAAUAAACUACUUAAUGAUAGUAGAAGCAUGAAUAAUAUAGAUAAUAUUAAUAAUGAGAAUAAUAAUUUCCCUUUGCAAUUACAAUUAAAUGACUCUUCUAAGGUAGAAAAUAUGAAUCAAGAGAAUCCUCGAAACAACAGAAAAGAAUCAGCUGAAGAGCAAAGAGCACAAGAAAUCAAAAAUUCGAAUGAAGAUGACUUAAAUCAGAAUGGUAAAAUAGAAUUAAUGUGUGAACAAAAACUAGAUCUAAGCGUAGAAUUUAAUACAAUAGCCCAAAUAAAGGGGAUGAACGAACUGAACAAAAAAAAUAAAAUCGAACAGAGUGCUUCAAAAGAGUAUUUAAUUUUCCAUGAUAAUGACCAUGCGAAUUAUGAAAAAGAAAAAAAUAAUGAUGAUGAGACUGCGGAAAUGGCAUGUGAAAAUGUUUCGAAUUUUCCUGAAGGUGACAAAUAUAUCGAAACAGAACUUUAUGGUGAAAUAAAAGAUGAAAUAGCUCAAAAUGACGAUAUAGCUCGAAAUAAUGAAAUAUCUCGAAAUGAGGGGGAAAAAAUUAAAAAAGGAGAACUUCAAGAGGAAAAUCAAAAUUUAAAUUCAAAAUCAAAUACGAUAAAAAGAAAAAAGGAGAGUACUAAAAUUAUGGAAGACUACAAGGGGCAUGUUUUUAAAUGUAAGAAUAUACCCUCAGAAGUAAUUAGAAAUAGCGGAAAAAGUGAUAAAUUUGAUUCAUUCGAUAAUUACAGUUGUAGCCAUGGCAGUUGCAGUGACAAUGAAAAAAUGAAUACCCUAUUGAUCAACAAUACAUGUGAAAAGGAUCCCAGUGAUAUUGAAAACGGAAACAUGAUGUAUUGUGACAUAAAUACAAAAUUUGAAAAUAAAGCAAUAAACAGUAUCUAUUCAGAUAAAAAUUUGAAGACCCUAUGUGAUACGUAUGACAAGUAUACACUUGCAAACACAAAAGUAAACAAAUUUUCAAAUAUGGAUGAUACAUAUAGUGGUACUCCAGAAAAAAAUAAUUGCGAUAAAAGCUUUCAUCGGCUUUCAUAUAAUGAUUCCGAAAUUUUCUAUAUAAAAGAAAAAAUUAUUGAUAAUCAUUAUUUUCCUUUUUCAGAAAUAGGAAAACAAAAGACUUUAAACAAGUGCAUGACAACAGAGAUAAGUAGUAACAAUUCUACUAUUUUGGAUUCAUUACGAAAUAAAAAAAUAAAAAGAAAUUUUACAUAUAACUACGUUCAAGAGAUAAGUAACGAUUCACUUUAUGUUGUCUCUGAGGGGAAGGAAGUGGAUGUAAAAACGGACAUGUUCCAAAAGACGAAUGAAAAUGUAGCUAAGACGGAAUUAUAUAAUUCUUCCCAUUUUAAUGAUAUAAAAAUUCAAAAUGAAUUAGAUCCAGCGAGUGAAGAAGACCUCCUGGAAAAGGCGAAAAAUAAGGACAUGAGAAAUGAUAACAAAAACGAAGACGGAUGGAAAAGUGGAAGUAAUAACGGAAGUAAGAACGAUAUCGAAAAUGAAGGCAAAAACGGAAGUAAAAACGGAAGUAAAAACGAAAGCACGAAAAAUUCCCACAAAAAUAACAGUACUCAUUACGUUGAUAAACUGAUUCUUUUCCCCUCAUUUCAGGGAAUGAAUCUUCCUUUAAACAGUUUUAAUGCAACAAAUAAUGCAAUUUUAGAUGAAGAAUUAGACUUAAAUAAAGAAUUUAACGGUCAAGAAGAUGAUCACCUUAUGAAUGAACGGCAGAUAUAUAUUAAGUGUAUUAACAAAUAUAUCACAAACACAAAUAAUGUGAAUUUCAAUAAUAAUCAUACAUAUAACAUAAAAAAUAGGAAUAAUUUAUAUAGUACAAAAAAUAUGAAUUAUUAUAAUGAUCUUGCUCCUAAUAAGACAAAUGGACCAUAUAACACAAAUGAAUUUCCAACAUUAGAAAUAGAAAAUAAUUUCAAUUAUGAUAAACAAGAAUAUAUACAAGAAAAUGGUCAAAUUGGAAGUUCUAAAUUUUGGAGUGAAAAUUAUUACUUAGGUAAUAAAAGUAGUGAUAUAGGUAAGACCAACCAUAUCGUUCCAUCAUCAUUUGAAGAUAAUACUAUGCCAAAAGAGCAUUCUGAAAAUAUAAAUAAUACGAAUUUGUAUUUAUAUUAUAAUAAUUACAAUAAAUUUACUAGUAAUAUACACGAUGAUAACCAGAACGCAUUUAAUGCACAAAACAAGCUUAAUUUAUAUAAUAAUUCAUCAUUCUAUUAUAGAAAUGAAAAUAGCCAAGUAAAUUCACAAUACAUACAUAUAGACAAUUGUGAAAAUAAUAUAGGCAGUAAUAGUAACAAUUGUCAAGGUUAUAUAAACAGCUAUCGAAUAAACCAGCAAAAUGGCAUAAAUUUUGAUAACUCAGGUAAAUACUUCGUAGGAAAAAGCAGAUUUCAUACGCCUUCCAACAGUUUUAUGACCACAGAUAAUGCUGUCGAUAAUGUUAUUGAUACUGUUGUUCACACAGAUUUCGAUACAACUGUUGAUACGGUUGUCAGAGACAUCGUCAACCCUUCCCCUAAUACCUUUAAUCAUACGUAUAAUGAUAAUUUAAUUGAAAAAAUAUAUCCUUUUUAUAUUUCUAAUUUUAAUUUUACAGAACCAGUUAGAGAAAAUUACCAACACCCUUAUAAUAAUAUUAUACCAAGAUAUAAAGCAGCACAAGAAGAGGACGUAUAUUUCACUGAUCCAGAUAAUACGCAUAAAGAAUCUGUUGAAGAAAAUUACAACCACCCAUUACAUGAGUAUGAUGUUAAAAAUAAAAUAGAGAAAAUGAGUAUUGGCUUGAACAUCAAGGAAAAUAAUAAUUCAGAUGUUGCACACAGUACCAGUGUUAGCAAUAACGGUAAUAUUAAUGGAAUGCUUACCAUGAGCAAUAAAAAUUACUACAGAGCAACUACUGACAUUAGCGCUGUUAAUACUGAGAAUUCUUCCAACAUUUAUAUGCCACCUAGUAGCACUAGCACUGGUUAUAAUAACGACUACAACAAUAGUAGCAGCUAUGAAUUAUUUAUUACUCAAAGAAACAACCAAUACAACUUAUGUAAUGAUCUAUGUAAUAUAUCAGGAAACAAAACUUAUCUUUCCUCUUUAAAAAAUGAAAAUAUAAUAAACAAUUACAAUGAUUAUGCAUGCAAUAAUACAUCAUUCAUGAUGAACGAAAAUGUAAAUGAUGAUUUAUCAGGGAAAUGUACUAUUAAAAAUAUUUACAAUGUAGGUAAUAACUUCAAUCAAAAUUAUUAUUAUAAUGUAAAUUCAGGAGGUUAUUUAAAUACGAAUAAUUCAAAUCUGGGUGAAAAAGAUUUUAUAGGUAAAAAAGAAAUGGAACAAAAAUGUUUCAUUAGCACAAAUGAUAUAAGCUCAAAUGAUUACGUGAAAAACGAUGGUAUGCCUAAUUUGAGAAAGGAUGAUAAGCAGAUAGAUAAUGAUAAUAAUAUCAAUGAUAAUAGUAAUGGUAGUAGUAAUGGUAAUUAUAACAGCAAUAGCAGUAAUAAUGAUAAUAAUAACAGCAAUAGCAGUAAUAAUGAUAAUAAUAACAGCAACAGGAACAAUAAUGCUGACGUUAAUAACCACAAUGAUGAAAUUAAUAAUGAAAAUAAUGAUGACAAUUAUGAUGAAAAUAAUGAUGAAAAUAAUGAUGAAAAUAAUGAUGAAAAUAAUGAGGAUAACAAUGAGGAAAAUAACGAGUAUAAUAAUGAGGAUAAUUUAAAAAAUAUGCAAGAAGAUAACAGCACAAUCAAUGAUUAUUCAAGUUCCGUUGAUAUAAAUGAAGAGGAUAUAAGCAAUUUCGAAGAAAAUAAAUCAAGUUUUUCUAUGUUAUAUUUGUUUGGAAAAGUUAAAUUUUAUAUUAGUAUUAUUGACAUUAUUCAUAAUAAAACCAAUUCUCAUGAUCUUCUUUGGGUACCUAGAUGUUGUAAUGGUAGCUAUGGGACAUUUUUAAAAAAUAAUUAUCUAAACUCUAACGAGAUAAAUAAGUAUAUUCCUGAAGAUAAUAUUGACAUUGAUUGUAUAAAUCUGAAAUUGAUGGAAACGAGGUUUAGUAAAAAUGUUGCUAGCUCAAGGACAACAAAAAGAAAAAGAAUGAUUGAUAUUGAUAAAACUGUUUUACAUUUUUAUAAAGAACAUAUUAGUGAAUUUUUCAAUAAUAAAAACAAAAUUAUUAGAUUAACUAAAAAAUUAUGCAAAUAUAAGAAAAAAAGAAAAUAUAACAAUAGCCAUAACGAAAGUAGCAAAAAUGGAGUACACCACAGUACCUAUACUUAUGAUAAGUGUAAAAAUAUAAGUAAUUCAAUAAAUAAUGCAACACUAUAUAAGGGGAAAAAAAAAAAAAAUCAAAAUACUGUUUCUAAGGGUUCUCUUAAGAGCACAGCGAAGAGUGCAGCAAGAAACUCUUCUAUUAAUCCUACUAAUAAUACCUCUAUUAAUACAUCAAUGAAUGGUACUAACAAUGUCAAUGAUACCAAUGAUGAUAACGACAACUAUGACAAUUAUAAGGAAAAUUACAGUAACAAUGGUGAGGGCAACAGAGAUGACAACAAUUACGAUAAUAAUUAUGGUAAUAAUGACGACAGCAGUUGCGACAGUGGAGUGCCUAAGCCAAGUACCCUCGAAGGUAGCAAGGUUUUGAAUCAAAAUUUAAUUAAUAACAAUGGUGUUAUUAAUGAAAAUUUAACAGGAAAUACAAACAACGCUAUAUAUAAAAAUAUAUGCAACAACCACAACUUAUUUAACGACAGUUUUGUUAACAGCAGCAUGCAUAGUGUUGUAACAAAUAGAAAAUUGAUUGGAAAUAAUAUUUUGUCUAAUAUUAUUUGCCAAAGUUUUAAUCAAAAUGAUGAACUUAUUAUCAAUCAAAAUAUGACUGAAGAAGAACCUUCUUUUGUCGAUCAUGUCUCAAAUAGUAGUGCAUCACCUAAUACUUGUUAUAUGAAUUUCAGUAAUAACUACUACUGUAAUGACAGCGGUAGUAGUAACUGUAAUGGUAUUAAUAAUAAUUGUAAUAAUGGUUAUAGUAGCAAUAGUAGUAACAAUAGUAAUAGUAAUAAUGGUAAUACUUCAAACUCUUUUAAUCCAAAUUAUUAUAAUAAUCCAAAGAACGGUAGAAGAACAAAUGAUAUCAAAGCUUACACGAACUCAUAUAAUAAAAACACAAGUACCAACACCUCAUUAAAUAUAUCUCAAUUAGUUGAAGGCAAUAAUAAUUUUAUAAAUAUUUCCAAUACAUUUAUCAACACGAAUUUUGCAAAAGAGUUUCGUCAAACGAAUGACUUACUGUUAAAGCAAAAGAAUUUCGAUUUAAAUAUUCAAUAG